AGCCGUCUGCAUCUCUCAGUUGUCUACAGUAGAUCUUGGCAGUCGGUUCAGCCCACGACGCGAUAUAGUUACCACGCUUGGCGAUGUCGGCAACCAUCGUCCGAUAAACCUAGGGCGGCAGCAACAGCAGCGCCACCCGUUCCUCCUUGAUGCCGCCCUCUCAAUCUCCCUUUCUCGUAGAUCCUCUACGCCCUUGAUCUCGUCGCCGCGCCGCUAGGGUUCUUGCGGAGGAGGUUGGAAGGGAGGGUUUACAUGGCGGAGCCGGCGGAGAUCCCAGCCUGGCUGAAGAACCUGCCCAUGGCCCCGGAGUACCACCCCACGGAGACGGAGUUCGCUGACCCGAUCGCCUUCAUCUCCCGCAUCGAGCGUACGGCCUCCGCCUUCGGCAUCUGCAAAGUCAUUCCCCCGCUGCCCCGGCCAUCCAAGAAGUUCGUUCUCGCAAACCUCAACCGCACCCUCUCCACCCAUCCCGACCGUCCACGACCGCCUUCCUCAUCCCCCUCCCCCUCCCCCUCCCCCUUUUCUCAGUCCGCCGUUUUCACUACCCGGUGCCAGGAGCUCGGGGCAAAGCGUGGCCGCCCGCUCCCAGUGCAGAAGCAGGUCUGGCAGAGCGGCGAAUUCUAUACUCUGGACCAUUUUGAGGCCAAGUCCAAGGCAUUUGCCCGCACCCAGCUCACUGGUUUCAAGGAAGUCGACCCUCUGUUGAUUGAGACCCUCUUUUGGAAAGCUGCUGCAGAAAAGCCCGUCUCUGUAGAGUAUGCCAACGAUGUACCAGGUUCCGGGUUUGGUGUGCCUGAGGAACCAGUCUAUCUCCACUGUGGAAGAAAGCAGAAAAAAGGGUUCGAUAAGAGGAGCAUCCAGGAGCCAAAACGCAUGUGCCCACAAGCAUCUGGGGAACAAGAGGGCAUGAAUGACUCUGGAUGGAAGCUAUCCAAUAGCCCAUGGAAUCUCCAAGUUAUUGCUAGGUCACCUGGCUCUCUCACUAGGUUUAUGCCUGACGAAGUGCCAGGAGUCACCUCACCUAUGGUGUAUAUUGGGAUGUUGUUCAGUUGGUUCGCAUGGCAUGUUGAGGAUCAUGAGCUGCAUAGCUUGAACUUUCUCCACAUGGGUUCCCCAAAAACUUGGUAUGCUAUUCCUGGGGAUCAUGCUGCCAUGCUAGAGGAGAUUAUUCGUAUCCAGGGCUAUGGAGGAAGCAUGGAUAGGCUUGCUUCUCUAAUUAUGUUGGGUGAGAAAACAACAUUGCUGUCCCCUGAAAUUCUGGUGCUAUCGGGAAUACCAUGCUGCCGGUUAGUGCAACGUCCUGGUGAAUUCGUUGUAACAUUUCCAAGGGCUUAUCAUAUAGGCUUUAGCCAUGGAUUCAAUUGUGGUGAGGCUGCCAAUUUUGCAACUCCAAAAUGGUUAACAGUGGCAAAAGAGGCUGCAGUGCGAAGGGCAGCAAUGAAUUUUCUUCCCAUGCUCUCCCAUCAACAAUUGCUGUAUUUGUUAUCAAUAUCUUUUGUCUCUAGUGUCCCUAGAGAACUAUUACCUGGAGGGCGUAGUUCACGUCUGAGAGACCGUAGGAGAGAAGAGAAAGAAGUCUUGGUAAAGAAGGCAUUUUUAGAAGAUAUGAUGAGUGAAAGUAAUCUAUUAUUUGCACUUCUCUCAAAAGCAGCAAUCUCCAGUGUUAUCUUGUGGGAACCAGAGUCACUGCCUUCUGCUUGCCCAAGUGCCCCACUACAAUCUUCCCCGUUAUCACCCAAAGCAUGUAAGCCAACAACUGAUGAUGGUUGUGGAAUUCAAAGAGACUCUGAAUCAAGGGGUACACUUUCAUUUGAUCAUGAAGGAGACACUUGCUGUACACAGUACACUCAUGAAUCAACUUCUAAUUUUGCCAGAACUUCAUCUCCUUGCAUUAUGUCUGCUGAGGCAUCAGAGAAUGCUUUCCAAGCUGAUUGGAUUAAUUCUCAGGUCAAAGCAAUGGAUAACAAGGAUUUUGAUGAAAUUGAUCUACCAUGUGGUCUUAAUGUUGACUCUGGAUCAUUGGCAUGUGUUGCCUGCGGAAUUCUUGGCUACCCAUUUAUGGCAAUCUUGCAGCCUUCUGAAAUGGCAUGCAUGAAGCUUUUUCCAUCAAAUUUGGACGAAUUCAACACAGUGCUUGACAAAUCACUGAAUGUGAAUGUCCAUUCUUCUGCGCCUUGCUCUGUUCAGAAUUUAGAUUCAGUGGAGAAUCAAGUAUGUGAAUUGAGACAACAAGAUAAAGGUUACACAUCUGUUCAAGAACAGACUACUUAUAGUCAAGAGAUUGAUUAUAAAACCUACGAGGCAGACCAUUUUCCUGCUAUUUCUUCCAACAAGACUGACAAGUUAGGUAUGCCAAUGAGGAGUCCUUCAGGUGUGGUUUCAAAAUGGAAUUUGUCCAGUAGUUUUCUAAGACCACGAAUCUUCUGCUUACAACAUGCUCUUGAGGCUGAGAACUUACUACAAUGCAAGGGUGGUGCUCAUUUGCUUGUUAUAUGCCAUUCAGACUACCUUAAGAUGAAAGCUCUAGCUUUAUCGAUUGCCGAAGAUAUCAAUAUCCGGUUGAACUGUGAUGAUGUCCCACUAGUUAAUGGGACCCCAUCAGAUCUGGAUUUAAUCAACAUGUCAAUUGAUGAGGAAGGGCAUGAUGAAGACGGAAAUGAUUGGACAUCAAAAUUGGGUCUAAAUCUGAAAUACUGUGUUAAGCUCAAAAAGCAGAUGCCCUCAAAUAAAGACCAGCUUACAUUAUCCUUGGGUGGAAUCUUUUCAGAUCCUUCUCCCAUGUCAGUAGUUUCAAAUCUCAAGUGGCUUUCUAAAAAAUUUCGCACUCCCUACAAGGUAGUUGGUAUUGUCCAGUCAAAAUCACAUGUUGCAAAUGUUCUAAAGUAUGAGCUGUCUGAUAGAAAUAACUCAAAAGAUGUUCCUGUAAAAAUAACUACGGUUCAUCAUGGCUCUACAGUUGGAUCAAUUGGUAUUACUACCAAACACAAGUUUACCUGCAAUACUACACCCACAGAUUCUACAAUUAGUGAAUCUCGCAUGGCCGAUUCCAGUGGUGGUGAUGAUAGAAGAAAUUCUGGUGCUGCUAGUGAAGUUAGUGGUCAAAUGAUUGGUGGUACAAGUGAAAACUUGCAUAACAUACCUAUCUUGAUUGCCGAAUAUCCUCAAAGGCAUCUAGUUGAUCAGGUGAUUCUGGAAGUUAGGAAAUAUAGUGAGGUUGCUCCUCCUAGUUUCUGCCGCUUGUGUACUGAUAAUAGAAAUGUUGAAUGUUGUGAAGGCUCACCAGAGAUUUACUCCAAGAGUUAUAAUGGUAUGGGAGCACUUUGUGACCCUAUAGUGUGUUCCUGCAAUAAUUAUUUGGAUAGUUUAGAAACAGGUCAAGCUGCCAAAGAAGCAGAAUCAAAAGACAAGCUCGGUAGUUCUGUUAUACCAAAAGCUCCAACUUGUGUGCUUAAUUCAGAUGGUGAAACUUAUGAUCUAAGAGAAAUCAGUGUCACAGGCAAAGCUAAUCAGGAAGUAUUUGUUGAAAGGGAAUCAUCUAGUGGACAAACUGCAAGGUGCCUUGGUAGUUACACAAAUUUGGGGAACUCAGAGCAUAACUAUAGAUCUUUAUUAUCAGAUCAGUUAUUUCUUCCUGAAAUACAGCUUAAUAAAGGUGUUCAGGAAACUUCAAACAACAAACUAAUUAAAUAUGCUGAUAAUUCAAAUGGCUUCCUUCACGAUAAUAAAACUGAUAAUAAUAAAUUGCAGGAAAAGACUUUAUCUAUGACUCAACAUGUUGAUGUUUCAGAUGUCGCAAAUUGCACUGAUCAGUUUGUUUUGACCAAUAUGGUUGGUUCUUCUGACAUACUGAAUGAAGGGUCAACGAAACAGGCAGAUAUGGAUGCCAUCUCAGUGGUUGAAAAUUCUGUAAUCCAGGAAGUAAAUGAAGAUGCAAGAGAGUGCUGUACUUCUGAAGGUGUCUCUUUACCACAAAGAGAUAUGCAACUAGACUACAGAUAUCCAGCAAGAGUUGAUCUUAUUCAGUAUGUAAGGCGUGGAAAGAAAAGAAAUUAUGUCCAAGCAACACAUGAAGAUAGACAAGCUUGCUUUAUCCGUGGCCCUUGUGAAGGUCUAAGGCCAAGGAGUCAGCUUAAAGUAGAAACUAAGGCUGACACAUUGACGCCGGGAAAAAGCUCCACAAUCAAGUUAAGCAGAAGACCCGGAAAUUUUCUUGUCAAAAAAGAUGAACGCAGGGCCUUGAAAUGUGAUAUUGAAGGCUGUUAUAUGAGUUUUGGCACGAGACGAGAACUUUCUCUUCACAAACGGAACCGUUGUACGAUUGAGGGAUGUAAGAAAAGAUUUAGCUCGCAUAGAUAUGCAGCACAUCAUCAAUGUGUUCACAAGGAUGAUCGACCACUUGUGUGCCCCUGGAAAGGGAAGGGCUGCAACAUGACUUUCAAGUGGGCAUGGGCUAGGACUGAACACAUCCGUCUCCAUACUGGAGAGCGCCCUUACAAGUGCAAAUUCACCGAUUGUGGCCAGACAUUCAGGUUUGUAUCUGAUUUCAGCCGCCACCGAAGAAAAACUGGGCAUUAUGUUUCUCCAUCUGCUGGAUAGCCAUUGAUUUCAUCAAACGCUCUCUAGAUAGACUCUAGGAAUUCACUUAAUUUUGUCGUAGCUCUGUACAGGCUGAUCCUGGUUGUAUGAGAUGCUGUUCCACGAUGUUCUUUGCACGGGCAAAGGAACUAAUUGUACCAUUAUUCUUCUAUCCAUCAUUUCAUUAUACUCUUCUCUGUUGUCUUCUCUCAUUUCUUUAAAGCUUAUUGUACGCCGACUGACCAUUGCUGUAAGUCUACUAGAUACAAACAAUCAUAUGUAAAACCAUGCCUAACCUUUUAUUUCUACUUUAAAAAGGUUCAGUCUGUUUUCAGUUUUUGA